CUCUUUCCAAUAAAGCUCGAAAGCAGCGACCUUGCGUCGACGUCACGCCAAUAUCCGGGGCCUUGCGCAGCGUCAAGUAGUGCGCAGCCGCAGAACACCCGGCGGCUCGACCUCUGCCUUCGAGACCUCAGAAUCACUGAUCUUCCAGCAUGCUAACCUGCGCGAAGCUAGCCUCCACGCCCGCCCUGGUGCGUGCGGCAUCCAGGUCCCUGUACAGACCCGUUUCUGCUGCUGUACUUUCCAGACCGGAGGUCAAACCAGAGGUCAGUGCUGCUGUCCUGCCUCAGGUGUCCCUCAGGAGCUUCCAGACCAGCGCUGUGAGCCGAGACAUUGACACCGCUGCCAAGUUCAUCGGAGCGGGAGCCGCCACCGUGGGAGUGGCUGGAUCCGGAGCUGGAAUCGGAACCGUGUUCGGGAGCCUCAUCAUCGGAUAUGCCAGGAACCCGUCUCUGAAGCAGCAGCUCUUCUCUUACGCCAUCCUGGGUUUUGCUCUAUCUGAAGCCAUGGGGCUCUUCUGUUUGAUGGUGGCUUUCUUGAUCCUCUUCGCCAUGUAAAGAUCUGCUAGCUACGGAAACACAUUUAGUACAGCUGUGACUACUAAACUGUGCCGUUGCUACACAAACAUCUGCUGUCGGUCUCUGUGAGAGAAAAAUGUAUGAAUAUAAAGUCCAGUAUUUUAAAACAAAUCAUGUAACAAUUAAAAAAUGUUCAUGCCCAGCUCCAUCGGUGCUUCUGGAACAUCAAGCUGAAUUCACCACGGAAAUAAAGAACCGGAGAGCACUCUCUGUGCGUCAGGAUAGAGAUGUUGUGAGUGUGAGGGUCCAUUCAGAUGUGUUCACGGGUUAAACCGCUGGUCAAUAGUAUGACUGUACAUUUAUAGCACUUGGUUUAAAGCCAAUUGAAACCUCCAUUGCUUUUGUAAAUUGCAUUAAAUAAAUUUAGAUCACAGUUUACCGUA